AUGGCCGACGAAGAAGUCGUCGAGGAGAUACCGUUGCAGACCUCUGCUGUAAAUCUUCCUGUUAACAAACAUUCGCACACUGACGACCUGCUCUCUGUUUCACGCUCCGAUCCGCCGCCUCGCCUUCCAGAGCCCGAAGAGGAGGAGCCUCCGGCGCCAGAAGCUGAAGAGCCUCCAGAAGAGCCUGCGGAGGAGCCCGCAGAAGACGAAGCUCAAGUUGCAGAUGAAGAUGACUCCAAACCCAAACCAAAGGCUUUUGCUCCAGCCAUGACGGUGCCAAAGAUUCCUGAAGGAGAAAAAGUCGACUUCGACGACAUCAACAGGAAGCGUCACGAGAAGGAUCUGUCUGAGCUGCACUCGCUGAUCGAGGCCCACUUCAUCCAGAGGAAGAAGGACGAGGAGGAGCUCGUCGCUCUCGUCAACAGGAUUGAGAAGCGUCGUGCUGAGAGGGCCGAGCAGCAGAGGAUCCGAGCUGAGCUGGAGAAGGAGAGGCAGGCUCGCUUGGCAGAAGAGAAGGAGAGGAAGGAGAUGGAGGAGGCUCGGAAGAGGCAGGACGAGGACGCCAAGAAGAAGAAGGCCCUGACAAACAUGACUCAGCAGUACUGCGGCGUCCAGCAGAGGCAAGACGGAAAGAGGGGAGCGAAGAAGCAGACGGAGAGGGAGAAGAAGAAGAAGAUCCUGGCGGAGAGGAGGAAACCGCUCAACAUCGAGCAUCUCAACGAGGAGAAAGUCAAGGAGAAGGCCAACGAGCUGUGGCAGUGGCUCUUCACGCUGGAGGCCGAGAAGUUUGACCUGACCGAGAGGCUCAAGAGACAGAAAUACGAUAUCAAUGUGCUCCAGUCGCGUAUUCAGGCCAACCAGAGCGCCAAAGGAAGAGGCAAGGCCAAGGGCCGGGUGAGAUAGACGGAAGCAUCAGCGGCGGGCACGCGACCCCGAGCGGCGGCG